AGCAGUGAUCAGUGCUGCAAUUGAGCCGAACUAUCAGCGAUGCCAAAUGUCCCGGUCAUCGCUUAAUCUGUUAAUAAUUACCGUCCAAAAAUCGCAGUCCAAAGAUACGGUUUUUUCGGUGGUAUAAAUAGGAGUUUCCAAAUUUCUUUCGCAAAACAAAAUUGUGUUGUUCAUUUCGUCGCGAAUCAAAAAUUAAAAAUGUUGUCGAAAAUUGUCUUCCUUGUGAUUAUUUGUGUGGCUCUUGACGUGGCCUUGGCCUGUAAUGGUUACAAGGCUAAGAUCGUCAAAAUGGAGAACUGUGCUGGUGACGAUGGCAUCAUAACCGUCGAAGAGGGCUUCGGUAUCAAGCUGAACAAGAAGUGCGAGAUGGUGCCAACGGGUUGUUUCAACAACAAGGCCUUUAGCACAGCGGUGGCCAAGUACAAGGUCCACAAGGAUGGCAUUGUGAUGAAGGAGGGCAAAAUGGAUCUUUGCGCUGCCGUAGAUCAGGCAUCCGCGGAGGCCAAGGACAUACUGAAAUUAUUUGGAGCUCCAUCCAAGUGCCCAGUGGCCGAGGAGAAGAUUUGCUCCAACGACCAUAAGGUUGACAUGUCCAAGUACAAAUCAAUGCUCGGAAUGGCGCGUGGACAUCUUAUGAUUGAGAGCGAAAUUAAGCAUGACACUGGUAAAUCGUGCUUCAAUGUGGAAAUCGAAAUAACCAAGAACUAAAUUCGAAGCUGAUGUAAUUUAUGUUCUUAUGAGUCUUGCAAAUUAGCUGUAUGUUUUCGUUGUAAUAAAUUGGUGGUAUUGGAGCGCACAUAACUGAUCAA